CGCCAUGGCGUCCCACAGUCGAUUUAAAGAUGAGAAGUACAAGAACUGGCUCAAAACAACCAUGAGUCUACAGCUUCUGAGAUGCGGUCUCGGCACUUUCCUCGAAAACGAAACCGAAACUUUCCACGAUUCCCUGCGGAAUAAACUAAAGGAAGCAACUUGUAAAUUGAGAUGUGACUUCAAAAAACCUAAAGACGACCCUUGGAAAAUGACACCUCCACUUUGUGAAGAUUGUGGACGCUGGAGAGAUGAGAUCAGAAAACACCACAAAGGUGGAUUGAUUUAUUGGAAUAAUAGCACACCUUCCCGGUGGUCAUCUGACAAGUGGGAAGUGGCAAAGGUCUACAUGCCACGAGGAAACAGGAACCACAGCAAGUUGGAUCAGUUUGACAUUUCUGCGUUUCUUAAUCUCAUGACAAGUUGCAAACAUUUUAAUAAAUUUGUAAAAGAAAAAGUUAUUACAGAGGUCACCAAUGUGAGAAACCAGAUGAUGCACUCACCUGACAUGAAAGUGGCUAAAGAGGACAUGGAAAAUCACCUAAGAAAAAUCCUGGGGCUUGUCAGUCACCUGCAGGUUCACAUUCCAGACAUGGAGGUGCUGUGCAGUGAGAUCAACCAGCUUGAGAAGACAGAGCUCAAUGUAAUGUUGGAGGGGCAGGACACCAGUAGGGAUGCUAGUAAGACAGAUGUUAUUAAGAAUUUACGGGACGUGCAGAAGAUGCAAGACUUGGAACAGCAGGUUCUGAAGGAGAAGAUCGAGACUCUGGCUUUUCGUCUUGAGGAGGACAAAGGACUUGCUAAAACAGAGGAGUUCCUUGGGAUGAAGGAGUUCCUGGAUCAGAACAAGGACUUGCUGGUCCAGCUGGGUCCACAAGUGGAGAAGCUGAAUAUGAUCCAGGAGAAGGUGGAUCAGCACGAUGUGCAGCUGAAUGCCCUGAUGGAGAAAGUGGACCAACUGGAGAAAAAUGUUAACGAACCUGUUUUCAGUGCUGAUGUGGUCAAAUACAAAAACCAUCUGUUUGAAGAAGCGAGGAAGAACAAAUGGCCAGACCCUGAGUUCAAAGAAAUACGCAAGCCUCAAGGUUAUAUAGGACAGGUGGUGGUCAAUGGGCAAACUUUCACAGGUGACCGUGUCCACCCCAAAGUGAAAGCUGCUCAUCAGGAGGUGGCAAAGAUUGCCCUUGAACAACUAAGGAUGCAGCCAUCAGCUAUGGAAGAGGGCAGCCUCUCUGUCCGUCACACUGACCAAUCAGAGACCUCUACCUCCCAAGUAUAUUUCUGUGAUGUUACCGUGGACCUCAACACUGAGAUUGUUCCAUCCGAAGGGCACUGUAAAGAAGAAGCCAUUCAAUCUGCCUACAAGAUAUUAGCCUCCAAGUUUAGCAUGGAUGUGUCUGCAAUAGAUGCACCAUAUAAACCAGCAGUCCAUGGGUACUUCAAGAGAUGUGGUUUCCAACGGCCAGAAGAAAUACUCCACACUGGUGCUGAUGAGAAAGUUUACUGCAAACUGAAACUUUCUGGGCAUUUUACUUUUCAAGGACAAGAGGGUGCAAGCAAAAAAAAGCUGGCAGAGCAGCAGGCAGCUAAAGUGGCCCUCCGCCAUUUGUCAGGGGUCCUUGGCCAUGUGCCUGUGACAGGGGAAAACUACAAGAGUGCACUGAAGGAGCUGAUGGAGGCAAAGAGCCUGCCACAACCCUCGUAUAGUAUCCCACAGAUUCAAACCACUGAGAGAAAGGCCGCAGCAGAGCACCCAAACCCAGCUUCUGUGGCGAGCAGUAUCCAGUUCCCUGAGAGUCGUUUGACUCAACGUACAGUUACUGAUGCUCCAGAGCUGCUGCAGAGAGGACCUGCCAGCCAGGUCACAAUCCCUGCCACACCUGUCGACACCCAUGAGUGUUCUGUGUCCUCAGGGAACCCACUGUUUUUUGCUGCUGUGAAAGUUCCGGUGAAUACUGUGUUCGAGGGACCAGAGGCUGAUAGCAAGGAGGACGCAGUUGAGGAGGCGUACAGGGGUCUGGAGCAGGCUCUCACCCUAAGAGACGCAGCAACAGGGUCCACGACUGGCAGUGCCAGGCAGCAGGUCCAUGACUUCUUCAGCCGAGCUGAAUGUGCUGCCCCUGUGGAGGAGUGUGUGAACACCACAGAGGGGAGGUUUAGGUGCACACUGAAGAUAUGUGGAGAUCUGACUUUUCAAAAUCCAGUGGCGGCAUCUAAAAAGCAGCAAGCGGAGCAGGCAGCAGCUAAAGAAGCCCUUCUGCGGCUGGCGGGGGUCCUGAAGUGGGACCAUGAUGGUCUGAAUGAAAAUUGCAAGGGGAAGCUUCAGGAGCUCUUGAUCAAACAGGGGCUGAAGCCCACUUAUUUGCCCGUGCCUAGAACUGGAGAUACUGAGAAGAGCAGCGGAAGUGCAGCAUCUGCGAACAGCAGUGCUGGAGACCCCACCCCUGAGGCUGGAGCAUCAGAUAGUAAUGCCAAAACUCUGGCAAUGGCUCCUGCUGACUCCGGCCACCUUCCACCCAACAGCAAAGUGCCCAGGGUGGAAUUUCCAGAGAUUCUGAGCAUGCUAGAGAUGUCGGGUUAUCGGGCGCCUACGGUAAACUGUGAAGGGUUCGGUAUGGAACAAUGGUUCAAGCUCAGGGUGGAAAUCCAGUUGGCCAACUACACCUUUCAGAACCAGCAGGGUUACAACAAUAAGAAAGAUGCCACCCGUAGCACAUACCUGAAGUUUGGUCAAGCCACCAAAAUUUGUGGGCCAAGUACAGAUGAGAGCCAGUCUACAGGGGCAGUCAAACAGUAUUUUGCACAGAAGGCUUUAAGCCCCCCCACUGAGGAAUUUGUGAAAAAGGACAAUAAGUUUUACUGCUCUCUGAAAGUGGAUUCAUGCAGUUUUCCUUAUGAAGGAGAAGGGCCAUCUGAGGAGGAAGCAAGACAAGAUGCAUCCAAAAAUGCCCUUUCCCAGCUUGCCCCGCUGUUUGGCUGCGAGUUGGCUGCUAAGGUGAGCAGCAAGGAGGCUGAAGAAAGCCUGAAAUUAAUGCUGAAGGAGGCUCAUCAGGAGUCACCGGUGUUCCACAACACUGCCACACUACACAGAGCCACUGUUGAGGUUCUGUUUAAUGCAUUCACAUUGGAGAGCAAGGGGCAGAACAAUAAGAAGCAGGCUAGGAACCAACUGAGUGCCCGUAUCCUCGGACUGCUGGGAGAGGAAGGGACAGAGAUGAGCAGUAAUGUCAGUGCAAGGAAUCGGGUUGAUGACUGGUUCAAGCAGAAGGGAAUCUCACCGCCAGUGUUUGAGGACACAGAAGGGCUAGGGGCAAAGGCCACGUUCUCAGUCAGCAUAACCUGCUCUCCUCAAGGCUGGCAGCCCAGCAGCGAUGCGGCAGUGAGAAAACUCAAAGAGGAGCUGCAGACCAGACUUCAAUACCUUACUGUGGAGGAUCCUGACCAGGGGCUUUGAGCUAGGAAGAUCUGAAGAAAAAGACCACUAUUAGCACUUUC